AUGAAAAUGGCGUCGCUUCAUCUGCGUUGUGACUCCACGCAUCUUCUUCCUUGGCGUGAUGUUAAGAGAACAAAUCCAUUUAGAGAGACUUGGAUGUGUCCUCCCAGGAUUAUAUCAAAGAGACUCAAUGUUAGGAUGGGAGUGAUAAAUUCUGAGGAAGGAGAUGCUUUCUCUUCCUCUAAUGGAUCAAUGGGGAUAGAGUCGCAACCAGAUUUGGUUUCGUUUGGAACAUUAGCAGCAGAGAUGAUUCCCACAACAACAAUGGAUUAUUCAUCUGAAGUUGAGGAUGAAGAGUUUGAUCUUGACCGACCUACCGAUGGAUUUGCCUCUAUUCCACAAGCUAUUGAGGAUAUUAGACAGGGCAAGUUGGUGAUUGUUGUAGAUGAUGAGGAUAGAGAAAACGAAGGAGAUUUGAUCAUGGCUGCGUCUUUGGUAACACCUGAAGCUAUGGCUUUUGUGGUGAAACAUGGCACUGGAAUCGUGUGUGUGAGUAUGAAAGGUGAAGACUUGGAGAGGUUAGAGCUUCCUUUAAUGGUGACGCGAAAGGAGAACGAGGAGAAGCUAUGCACGGCCUUCACAGUUUCAGUGGACGCGAAAAACGGAACGUCGACAGGUGUGUCAGCUCGAGAUAGAGCGCAGACGAUAUUAACACUUGCGUCAAAAGAUUCAAAGCCUCAAGAUUUCAACCGUCCUGGUCAUAUCUUUCCUUUGAGGUACAGAGAAGGCGGUGUCUUGAAAAGAGCAGGGCAUACAGAAGCUUCUGUUGACUUGACUGUGUUAGCCGGUUUAGAGCCGGUUUCGGUUUUAUGCGAGAUUGUAGAUGAUGAUGGCUCCAUGGCUAGAUUGCCAAGACUCCGCCAGUUCGCUCAAGAUAACAACUUGAAAAUAGUUUCGAUCGCCGACCUAAUCAGAUACCGAAGGAAACGAGAGAGACUGGUGGAGUUUACUGCGGUAGCCCCUAUACCGACAAUGUGGGGGCCGUUCAAAGCGUAUUGCUUCAAGUCAUUGCUUGACGGUGUUGAGCACAUUGCAAUGGUUAAAGGAGAGGUCGGAGAUGGGAAGGAUGUUCUGGUGAGAGUACACGCGGAGUGUAUCACGGAUGAUAUAUUCGGAAACGGAUCUGGUGGGAAACAAUUAGCGAUUGCUAUGAGGAAGAUUGAAGAAACUGGGAGAGGUGUUUUUGUAUACUUGCGUGGUCCUGAAGCUAAAGGCAUUGACCUAACCCACAAGCCUCGUACUUACAACAACACUUCAGAUGGAGCCGAGUCGGUUGCGUUUCCCGUUGCUUCAAGAGAAUACGGCAUUGGAGCACAAAUUCUGAGAGAUCUUGGAGUUAGGACGAUGAAGGUGAUGACGAACAAUCCAGCAAAUUACGUUGGUCUUAAAGGCUAUGGUUUAUCAAUCUCUGGUAAAGUUCCGCUAAUUAGUUCCUAA